CUCCCGCAGCCGCGCCUCCCGCCCGCGCCUCCUCCCGCCCGCGCCGCGCCGCUCGCAGCCGCAGCCCCCGGAGCCGGAGGAUUAUGAGCGAGCCAUGAGGCGGCUGCGGCGCUGGGCGUUCGCGGCGCUGCUGCUGCUGCUGCUGCCGCGGCUCCCACCGCCCGGUCUUGGGACCCGGGGUCCCUUCGGAGCUCUGCGCUGGCGAGUCUCACCCCAGUUGGGGCAACCGGGAGCCCCUGAGGUCACAGAGCCCAGCCGUCUGGUGGGGGAGAGCUCCGGGGGAGAGGUCCGAAAGCAGCAGUUGGACACCAGGGUCCGCCAGGAGCCACCAGGGGGCCCGCCUGUCCACCUGGCCCAAGUGAGUUUCGUCAUCCCAGCCUUCAACUCAAACUUCACUCUGGACCUGGAGCUGAACCAUCACCUCCUCUCCUCGCAAUAUGUGGAACGUCAUUUUAGCCGGGAGGGAACAACCCAGCACAACACUGGGGCCGGGGACCACUGCUACUACCAGGGGAAGCUCCGAGGGAACCCCCACUCCUUUGCCGCCCUCUCCACCUGCCAGGGGCUGCAUGGGGUCUUCUCCGAUGGGAACUUCACCUACAUCGUGGAGCCCCGUGAGAUGUCCAGGUCUCAGGAACCCCCCCAGGGACCCCUUCCCCACCUCAUUUACCGGACCCCUCUCCUCCCAGCCCCUCUCGGAUGCAGGGAACCAGGCUGCCUAUUUGCUGCCCCUGCUCAUUCUGCUCCUGUGAACCGGCCGAGGCUGAGAAGGAAAAGGCAGGUCCGCCGGGGCCACCCUACUGUGCACAGUGAGACCAAGUAUGUGGAGCUGAUCGUGGUCAACGACCACCAGCUGUUUGAGCAGAUGCGCCAGUCGGUGGUCCUCACCAGCAACUUUGCCAAGUCCGUUGUGAACCUGGCAGAUGUGAUGUACAAGGAGCAGCUCAAUACCCGCAUCGUGCUGGUUGCCAUGGAAACGUGGGCAGAUGGGGACAAGAUCCAGGUGCAGGAUGACCUCCUGGAGACCCUAGCCCGGCUCAUGGUCUAUCGGCGGGAGGGCCUCCCUGAGCCCAGUGAUGCCACCCAUCUCUUCUCGGGCAGGACUUUCCAGAGCGCCAGUAGCGGGGCUGCCUACGUGGGGGGCAUCUGCUCCCUGUCCAGGGGUGGGGGUGUGAACGAGUAUGACAACAUGGGCGCCAUGGCGGUGACCUUGGCCCAGACGCUGGGGCAGAACCUGGGCAUGAUGUGGAAUAAACACCGGAGCUCAGCAGGGGACUGCAAAUGUCCGGACAACUGGCUGGGCUGCAUCAUGGAAGACACAGGGUUCUACCUGCCUCGCAAGUUUUCGCGCUGCAGCAUCGACGAGUACAACCAGUUUCUGCAGGAGGGAGGCGGGAGCUGCCUCUUCAACAAGCCCCUCAAGCUCUUGGACCCGCCUGAGUGUGGGAACGGCUUUGUGGAGGCGGGAGAGGAGUGCGACUGUGGCUCGGUGCAGGAGUGCAGCCGGGCGGGCGGGAACUGCUGCAAGAAAUGCACUCUGACUCACGACGCCAUGUGCAGCGACGGACUCUGCUGUCGCCGCUGCAAGUACGAGCCGCGGGGUGUGUCCUGUCGAGAGGCCGUGAACGAGUGCGACAUCGCGGAGACCUGCACCGGGGACUCCAGCCAGUGUCCUCCUAACUUGCACAAGCUGGACGGUUACUACUGCGAUCAUGAACAGGGCCGCUGCUAUGGAGGUCGCUGCAAAACUCGGGAUCGGCAGUGCCAAGCCCUUUGGGGCCAUGCGGCUGCUGAUCGCUUCUGCUAUGAGAAGCUGAACGUGGAGGGGACAGAGCGUGGGAACUGUGGGCGCAAGGGGUCAGGCUGGGUCCAGUGCAAUAAACAGGAUGUGCUCUGUGGCUUCCUCCUCUGCGUCAACAUCUCUGGAGCUCCUCGGCUGGGGGACCUAGGGGGGGACAUCAACAGUGUUACCUUCUACCACCAGGGCAAGGAGCUGGACUGCAGGUCUGCAGCAACGAAGGCAAGUGCAUCUGUCAGCCAGACUGGACAGGCAAAGACUGCAGCAUUCACAACCCCCUGCCCACAUCCCCCCCGACAGGGGAGACCGAGAGAUACAAGGGUCCCAGCGGCACCAACAUCAUCAUCGGCUCCAUCGCAGGGGCUGUCCUGGUUGCAGCCAUCGUCCUGGGAGGCACGGGCUGGGGAUUUAAAAACAUCCGCCGGGGAAGGUCCGGAGGGGCCUAAGUGCCACCCCCCUCCCUCCGAGCCUGGCGCCCACCGUCUCUCCGCCCUGAACCACGAGGCUGCCCCCUGCCCAGCCAUGGAGGGAGGCACCAUGCAAAUGUCUUCCGGGCCCAAGCCCUUCAACUCCUGGCCCCACGGUGUGGGGCGGGGGGAGGGUGUUGUGGGGGGCUGUGGCCCUCCCUGCCCUUCACUCCACCAGGGUGGACCGGGCGGGCCUGGGGCAUUUCCGUCACGGUCCACCACCCCACCUCAUGCGGCUUUGGCCUCGCACACCAACUCUCCCUGUGUGAAUGUAGCUUUCAUCAUCACUGAUUGCCACAGCAAGAGGGAUCCCCCCACCCCACCCCGUGGGCAGGGCCUGGGACGGCCCCUCCUCAAAACCAGGCAGCUGGGACCAGGGUUUUAGCUCUCUGGGACUUAGGGGGAAGGGGCUGACAUCUACAUUUUUUUUUUUUUUAAACUGAAUCUUAACUGAUGAAUGUAACUUUGGGGGUGCUGGGGCAAGGAAGGUUGUGGGGAUAUUUUGACAUUUGUGUGGGAGGGACCGGAGGAACUGAGACAUAGCCAUCCCCCGGGGCCCUCCCCGGGGAUGAUCCCACCUGGAAUCCUCUCAUCGAACAUAGCCGACCCCAAGCCAGGCAAGGGCAGGGCCCGUGCCCUGUGGCCCAGCCCUACCGAGCUUGGAGAAAAGAAUGAGUGCUGAUUCAAACCAAAGCUGCCUGUUCUGUGCCCAAGGCCUCGGUUAUGGGCACAACGACCACACGUCCCAGAUUGUCUUCAAUUUCAAAAUUACCAUCCUGCUAUCCCUGGCAGGAUGCAUGUAUUUGGGGUCUAGAAAAUCUAGACCCUGAUAUAAAAUAGCACCUACCCCCCUUUCAAGAAGGUUGAUUCUGGGGCAGACUCAGGGUUUAGGUGCCCCCCAGCAUGGCCUAGGGGUCCCAGGCUGGGCCAUCUUCCCAGAGAGGACUCUCCCAAGGAGGAAAGGCCAGGGGUGGCCCAGUGACUGGAGGGUUAGGGGUUUUGCCUGUGAUGUACAAGAGGAGGUAAGAAAAAAGGCAGGUUUCCUAUCUGAUCUUCAGCUUCUAGAAAAGUCCUCAAGGCCCUGUCGAAACCAUUCUGCUCCUUACCCCCAUUCCAGGGCUGAGUAGUAAGUUUACAGUUGUUCUCCCCCUAACAUCCUCUGAUCCCCACUGCAGCUGAGCCUGACAGACAGGCUGAGGCCAGGGCGGGAGUCCUCAGACCCGCCCCUGGCCUUCCCCAUGACCCAUGGGACAGUGGCGCCUCGGCUCUACUGCUUACAAACCAGCUGGCAAGGGCAAGAUGAGGGUCAAGCUACCUUAUGGAUGAAAGCCACAAAUGAGCGGAGCCCCUCUCCCCAGGAAUACCCCUUCCAGACUCAGCAGGGGUUUCUGGACACCCCAGGGACUUUGAACUGCCUGUUUCAUCCAGUCCCUCUGUUUCUGGGUCCUCUUUGAAGAGGAAAUGGUUCCCUGUUUAUCUGCACCACCCCUCAGGGCAAACGGGACUGAGACCCAUUCACACCCUUUUGGGUGGCCGGAUGCGGAGUCCUCGAUACUGAGCUCCAGCUGGCACUGCCCAAGAGAAGGGGGUGGGUGGGGCGCCCCCUGGCCAGUCCGGCUCCGCCAGUCCCACACACUGGAGCAGGGGGGCAGGAGGGGAAGGGCUGGCUUGGGCGCUGCUGCCGCGGUUCUCUAAGGCGUUCUCCGCUGAUGCACGGGCACACAGCCGGUGGUACCCCUGGCACAAGCAUUUGGAUCCACAUCUCCGCACAAGUGUGAAUACCUCUGCACGUGCAGACAGGCCUGUGCGCGCACAUGCGUGGGGGCGGGCGUGAGGAUGUGGAGGGCUCGGGACUUCCUGUGACCAGUCCCCCCGGCUCCCAGCUGUCUGCAUCCUUCCGCCCCACCCAGGCAGCGCUCGGGGAGGAGAGGAGGCUGCACUGGCCUGGGCCUGGAAAUGGCUCCAUACAGCAUCCUGUAAAUAUGUCAUCUGGGGCUCGGGGCGGGGAGGCAGGGACAGGGACAUCAAUUAAAGAUCAUGUCCUGGGGCUUCCAUGGAGCUCACACCAACGUGCGGUCUCUCCUUUCU